UUUUGCCCCAGGCGAUAGGCUCCAAUCGCUGCACGCAUGCGUAUGGCUCGGCUGUUUUUCACGCGCUAUCGGACUCAUAGGCUAAGCGCGGCUCGGCUCCUUGCCUCUACAUCGGCUCAGUUCGCACAGAGAACAGAGCAUCUAUCCUGGCUCCCAGACCCUUUGCACAAUGUCGUGCCGCCGCCGCCGCCGCCGCCGCCGGGAAUCGCCUCGCAGCCGCCGGGAUUCGCUUCCGCGCCGCCACCGACCGCAUCGCCGCCGCCGGAGUUGCCUCCGCGCCGCCGCCGGGAGUCGCCCCCGCCGGUCCCUGGAGUCGCAUCCGCAAGGCCGGCCAUGGCACAAACUCGCGUCGGCAAGAGGCGAGAUGGUCGAAGGAAUAUAACUAUCACACAUCAUCAGCGAUGGCUGUAUGCAGAGAGGGUCUUGGACUUGUGGUUAAUCCAGGUAGAUGUAUCUCUUUGCUACAAUCUGAAGAAAUGGAGGACUAGGAAAUCAAAGCUUAUUUACUGUCUGUACAAGACUAGAGUCAAUUGGAUUGCUGAUGGGAGAGUGUUAUAGUAGAACAUUAAAAAAGCAUAAGCUUCUCUGCCCCUGCAUGCUUGAAGAGCUUCAGUCAAGAUGGCGCUGCACAAAAUUGAUGCUUCAAACAAGGAUGAUGCCUUGUACAGGUGCAAGAUGCCUAGAAUCUUAACCAAAAUAGAAAGUUGUGGUAGGCAUCAACAUGAGGGAACAUAGAGCGAACUGGAGGCCACGUACUCACGCAACAGCUACACUCCGCCGUCGUUCUUCUAUCCGAAGACCCUCAAGUAUACUGCUGGAACAAUACAGUUGCUGAGAAAACCGCUGAAGAAGACGCAAUGGUUGCUGAUGGAGUAGACUUUGACUAGGAAUGUCAAAUCUUGCAAAUUUGAUGUUGAAUUCAUGACAACUAUAGUACAAACCUAUAGCUGAUUGCUCUCCUUGAAAAUGUACUAAUUAGUAUACAAUGUAUCUUUUCAUAUCAAAUACAUAUGGAUAGUAUAAAAUCUUCA